GAAUUAAGAAAAUGGUAUGCGCAAACAAGACAACAACGGCUGAGCUUACUUACCACAAAGUUCCCCAAUUCCAUGACAUCUUAAAGAAGUCGUAGAAACUAUUAUGAAAUAAUAAACUCCUAUAGCCGCACCGUCGAUUUCUCUAUGGAUCGACAAUUCGUUAACUUUACCACCAUUUACGAAAACUCCAACAUAUGAUGGAGAACCUUCACGAACCGCCGCAGCCAGGCCCCUCCCAAUUAGCCGGUCCCGGUCCGCAAGGAUUGGGACGCGGCGCACCACCGCAAACCCAACAACUACCUCCCCAGAUGUUCACAACUGCUGCGCAAUUAUUAGACCUCACAGAUAAGAAGCUCUUAGUCUGCCUCAGGGACGGCCGCAAGUUAACUGGAGUCCUACGAAGCUGGGACCAGUUUGCAAAUCUAGUGCUUCAAUCUACCGUUGAGCGUGUAUAUGCCACGACGUCAGACCCCGCAGAGAACCAGCCUAAGGGUCUUUAUGCCGACCAAUCCCAUGGCAUAUUCUUAGUCCGAGGAGAGAACGUGCUUCUGCUUGGAGAGAUUGACCUCGACAAAGACGACGAUCCGCCACCAGGAUUCGAGAGGGCCGAAUUUAGCGUUGUAGAGAAGCUAGCGAAGGAACGACGAGCAGUGGAGAGGGCCAAGGAAAAGAAUAAGCUUAAGAAACUCGCCACUCUAGGAUUCGAGGGAGAAAAUAUGGGCGAGAUCUUGCUUUAGAUGGGAUAAGACUAAAGAUUGACGAGGAUCAGACAAUUCGUACCACGUCAGAGGAAAGGGAAGAAGAAUACGCCAUACGGAAAGUGAUACAUUCACGAUAGAAGAAGAGACAGAAUAUUGUGAAAUGUCUCUUCGUCAAUCCCUCCACCAGACUAGCGGUCUUGUGGAAUGGGAUUGACAGUUAGGAAGGCCCAUUUAACGUAUAGAAGCAAUCAGAGCUACGUGCUGAAGAUAUCUAGAUACUCGAAGGGAUUGAAGUCCGGUAUAUUGACAUCAGAUCAGAUAUAGGAAUGCACCUUACCUAGUAUACUCAGGCGAUUACGAAGAGCCUACGUCGAGAUCUAACCUUAAAUAUUUAUAUUGUUAUCGGCGGCCCGGAGCCUAACAACGAUAACGAAAUAUCUAGUUAAUGGGUAUCUAGUAUCUAUAUUUUUAUCAAAUAUUCAACAUGUCUAUCGUAAAAGCCUUAUCAAAUACGACUACCCCGUAUCAACUAAAAGCAAGGUUUCAAGAAUCGAUCAAAUACGCAGCCACAUUAGCAAACCAACCACCUUUAUUCUCGACG